AUGGCUACUUAUUAUUUAGCAAAAGACAAACAAGUUGAAUUAGCUCAAAUAGCUCAAACUAUUGUUACGCCUGGUAAAGGAAUUUUAGUAGCUGAUGAAUCGCCAGAAUUUAUGGAAUCUCGUUUUUCAUCGAUAGGUAUUGAAAAUAAUGAAGAAAAUCGUCGUUAUUAUCAUCAAUUAUUAUUUCAAACUCAAGAAUGUACACAAUAUAUAAGUGCAAUUAUACUUUGUAAUGAAACAUUCUUUCAUAAAACUGAUGAUAAUGAUACAUUAUUUCCGUAUUUAUUAACACAAAUUGGUAUUAUACCAGGUAUUACAGUUGAUAGAGGACUAAUUCUUUUAGCUGGUACUAAUAAUGAAACAAUAACACAAGGUUUAGAUAAUCUCGAAGAACGUUGUCGUGGAUAUAAAAAAAUUGGUGCACAAUUUACUAGAUGGCGUACUUUAUUUAAAAUAGAUGCACAUUGUCCAUCACAAUUAGCUAUUGAUGAUAAUGCUUCAAAACUUGCACGAUAUGCUUCAAUAUGUCAACAAUGUGAUCUUGUACCAAUUAUUGAAAUAGAAGUAUCAUUAGAAGGUGAUCAUGAUCUCGAGACAUGUCAACAUAUAACAGAAAAAAUUUUAACAACUAUUUAUAAAUCAUUAAAUGAGCAUCAUAUUUAUCUUGAAGGUACACUUCUUCAAAUGAAAAUAGUUUCUUCCGGUAAAAAUUGCUCAAAAAAUUAUUCAGUUGAACAAAUAGCAGAAGCAACAGUAAUUACACUUCGUCGUACAGUACCAACUGCUGUACCUGGCAUAAUAUUUCUCGUUGAUGAAUAUCAUAAAGAAAAUACAAUACUUUAUUUGAAUACUAUUACUCGUAUUGAGUUAUAUAAGCCAUGGACAUUAUCGUUUUGUUAUGGAUAUUCACUUCAAACAUCUGUUUUAAGUGUUUGGAAAGGAAAUAAAACAAAUAAUGAACAAGCUCGAAAAGAAUAUAUUCGUUUACUGAACAAAAUGGUUUGGCUUCAUUAG